GACAGAGCGUGAGCGUGAGCCGUGUGGGCUCAAACAGGAACGAGACUUGAGAGAGUGAGCCGUGUGGGCUCAAACAGGAACGAGACUUGAGAGAGUGAGCCGUGUGGGCUCAAACAGGAACGAGACUUGAGAGAGUGAGCCGUGUGGGCUCAAACAGGAACGAGACUUGAGCGCGUAAGCCGUGUGGGGAGAAGGCAACGGGUCAGGGGAGCGGCAAGCCGACAGAGACAGACAUAGCGAAAGCACACACACUCACACACACAUGGGCGUGUCCAAAACCCACAGAGCAGUGAACAUCGAGUUCGACAGACAAGAGCAAGCAUUGACAGGACGAGAGACAAAAGAGACACAAGAGACAGCACUCCUUGGAAAAAUAAGGAUACAAAACGUAACAACCUCUAUAGGGUAACAACUUUUGACUGCAAAAAGCUGAACAUCAGAAUAAGCUGGAAUAAAGACCAGCUGUCCUUGACUGCCAUUUCAGAAGAUGGAGGACAGCUCAGUGGAGAGACACUGAAGGCCAAUCAGAAGAGUCUUCACUAGGAGUUACAAGUCUUGGCUUCACUAGGAGUUACAAGUCUUGGCUAUAUGGUCCCCACAUAUGGGCCGGAUCUCGACAGAGCUUUGGAGGUGAACGAGGAACGUGACGACAAACCGGACCCUGACGAGCGGCGCGUUAUGGGCUUGAAUGACACGGAGGCUCUGGUCCAGCCCAACUGCACGCUGGACACCAGAUUCCGCUUCACCUACUACCAGGUAUCCUACAGCGUGAUCUUCGUGCUGGGCCUGGCGAGCAACGUCCUGGCGUUCCGACGCCUGUGGGUCUCCCCGCGCGCCCUCACCAGCACGGCCGUCUACAUGACCAACCUGGCCGUGGCUGACCUCUUCUUUGUGGUGUCGCUGCCUCUCCGCAUCUAUUACUACCAUAACCAGGCCGCUCACUCCUCCUCUUCAUCAUCUUCGUCCUCCUCCUCGGAGACGGGCUUGGCCGCUACCUGGUCACCCGGGGCAACAUUCUGCCAGCUGACCUUCACGCUAAAGUACAUCAGCCUGUACGGCGGCAUCUUCUUCCUGGUGUGCAUCGGCGUGGACCGCUACUUUGCGGUGGUGCACCCGCUGACGCAGCAUCUGCGGCGAGUGGGCACGGCACGGCUGAUCAGCGCUGGCAUCUGGUGCCUGGUGUUGGCGCUCAGCCUGGCGCUGCCGCUGCUCCGCGCCGCUGCUGCCCCGCACCUGCAGCCGUGUCUGCUGGACCCGUCCCUGCGGCAGAACCGGGCCUUCAUCCUGGCCGCGCUGGUGCUGGUCCAGGCAGCGUUCCAGCUGCCCGCGCUCCUACUGCUCUUCAGCUACUGCAGCGUGCUGCGCGUGCUCCGACGCCAACCGCGCCGACGCCAACGCCCCUCCACCCGCCAGCGCUACCAGCAGGGCAACGCCAGCACCAGCCAGCAGCCCCACCACCACCACCGGCGCACGCUGAAGGUCGUCUACUGGGUGCUGGGUGUGUUUCUGCUGUGCUUUACGCCGUACCACCUCAACCUGCUGGGCUACACGCUGACGCACGUGGGGCUGCUGCGCUGCUGCCUGCUCGCCAAGGCCACCAAGGCGCUGCACCCCGUGGUGCUGUCCCUGGCCAGCGCCAACUGCUGCUUCAACCCGCUCAUCUACUACGCGUCCAGCCGCCUGCCGCACAAGGACGCGGCCGGCAGCGCCAGCCACGGGGGCAUGACGCCUGCAUCCACCAAUGAGGGCGAGCAUCUGCCUCAACCAAUGAGGUCAUCGGCUAGUCUCCACCAAUGAGGGCGAGCAUCUGCCUCAACCAACGAGGUCAUCUGCUAUUCUCAACCAAUGAGUUGGUCUGCUAGUUUUCACUAAGAAUGGUUCUUACGGUAUGCAAGAUGAUCUAUGUAACUGGCAUGAGCUAAUUUAGCUUUGUGGUGUAAAGUCUAAUUGUCAGAAGAUAAUUUAUACAUGUACUGCUGGAAAAGUUAUCAGUAAAGAUAACCUAAGGACACUACAUUUUUACACUCCAUAAACUAAUAUUAAUUUACAUACCAUAAACUAUGGGUUCACAGCACCCGUCUGCCACAAGGACCGGACAGUCAAUUAAUUCUGUUUCAACUGUUUCAAAUAACUCGGGUAUGGCCUAUAAGCAUCAUUUAUUAAGUCUUAUUUUGUCUUUGAUUUGUGUGAAUCUGAUACCAUCAAAAAUUUGUUGUAUGUGAAAUGAAAUCAAGAGUGUGGUCA